AUGUUUAGCUGGCUUAAAAAAGAAGGUGAAAAAACAGAGAGUAUCGAAAAUGUCGUCGAGGGUCUCAAAAGGAUAUACAAAACGAAACUUUUGCCGCUGGAAUCACAUUACCAGUUCCAUGAUUUCCAUUCCCCACAACUCGAAGACCCGGACUUUGAUGCAAAACCCAUGAUACUUCUGGUUGGACAAUACUCUACCGGCAAAACGACCUUUAUCAAAUAUCUCUUAGAGAGAGAUUUUCCUGGAAUACGUAUCGGGCCGGAGCCCACAACGGAUAGAUUUAUUGCUGUUAUGUUUGAUGAAAAAGAAGGAAUGAUUCCCGGCAAUGCACUCGUCGUGGAUCCCAAGAAACAAUUUCGACCUCUCAGUAAAUUCGGAAACGCCUUCUUAAACAGAUUCCAAUGUUCGACUGUGAACUCCCCCGUAUUGAGAGGUAUUUCCAUCGUGGACACUCCCGGUAUUCUGUCGGGGGAGAAGCAGCGCGUGGACAGAGGUUACGACUUCACGGGCGUUCUGGAAUGGUUCGCGGAGCGCGUCGACCGUAUCGUACUCCUCUUCGACGCCCACAAACUCGAUAUAUCAGACGAAUUCAGACGGAGUAUCGAAGCUCUGAGAGGGCACGAUGAUAAAAUACGGAUCGUUCUCAACAAGGCGGACAUGAUCGAUCAUCAGCAGCUCAUGCGAGUGUACGGAGCUCUCAUGUGGUCGCUGGGCAAGGUGCUGCAGACACCCGAGGUGGCCCGGGUGUACAUAGGAUCAUUCUGGGACCAACCUCUCCGCUACGACGUCAACAGGCGGCUCUUUGAGGACGAGGAACAGGAUCUCUUCAGAGACAUGCAAUCUCUCCCGAGGAAUGCAGCAUUACGUAAAUUGAAUGACCUAAUUAAAAGGGCACGACUCGCUAAAGUGCACGCUUAUAUAGUUAGUGAGUUAAGGAAAGAAAUGCCUUCAAUGUUCGGAAAGGAUGGGAAAAAGAAGGAAUUAAUAAAAAAUCUUGGUCAAGUGUAUGAUAGAAUACAAAAAGAAAUGCAAAUAUCUCCCGGUGAUUUCCCUGAUAUCAAGAAAAUGCAAGAAACCCUGGCAAACCACGACUUCACCAAGUUCCAUCCGCUCAAACCCAAGUUACUGGAGGUAGUGGACCACAUGCUGGCGACCGACAUCGCACGACUCAUGGACAUGAUCCCACAGGAAGAUGUUAAUGUUGUCUCCGAACCUCUCAUUAGAGGAGGAGCGUUCGAGGGUGUGGAGGACCAGGUGUCUCCGUUCGGGUACGGGCGCGGGGAGGGCGUGGACGCCGGCCACGGGGACCCCGAGUGGAUCUGCAGCAAGGAGAAGCCUCACUACGACCAGAUCUUCCAGUCGCUAAACCCCAUGGACGGGAAGGUGACCGGCGCCGGUACGUGUCCCACACACACACACACGCACUCCCCCCUCCUCGCACACACACACCCGCCGCCCUCCGUGAUGCUCGAGUUGUCUCUACAGAGCCUGCUGUCCGCCGCUCACUGCUGUUCUCUUCUAACAGAGCUCAGCGUCCGCUCCCGUCGACACCACGCCGACCUCACCGACACUCACAAAAUAACAGACACACUGUCCUUGGCCAUUCAGAAUUGUACUUCCAUCUCACAGUUGCUUCUGAACGAGUCCUCGUCCAGCGUCGAUGGCAGAGCGUCAGGAGCCGUUUCUAUUCACAGUUUGCCAGACUCCUCGUCCUCUGACAGAGACAGCUGUACCGGUGAAGACUCUGACUCUGGCUCUGACACGAGCACAGAGUACACGGAGCUCACACCCCCGAGCGGUGCAGACAGCGAGCAGACAGCCCACUCUAUACACUCGCCAUUGUUUUGUGUGAAGUUUAUUUGGCUAUUGUUGCUCAAUUUGUUAAGUAUGUAUGUUAUAGCGGAAGCUCUCUUUAUCGGCUCGUUGUACGCGCUGACGGGACGCACUUGUUUAGAGUUUUAUAUAGAGAAGCAGCCGCGCGGACUGUAUGAGAAUAUUAAAUGGUUCACGGUCGCCGCCAAGACGGAGAUGUUGAAGUCCAAGUUACCGAACAACGUGCUCGGGAAGAUCUGGAAGCUGGCGGACAUCGACAAGGACGGCUUCCUCGACGACGAGGAGUUCGCGCUGGCCAUGCAUCUGAUACGAGUGAAGACGGACGGACACGACCUGCCCGCCGACCUGCCGCCGCACCUCGUGCCGCCCUCCAAGAGGAACUAG